UGGCUUUCCCUCUAUAAAUAAUAUCAAUGAGCCCAAACCUCUGAUAUCUGUCCUAACUACCUGAUAAAUAUCAUGAAAUGACUGAAAAUGUCUUCUCAGAAACGAAUUACCCUUUUUGUUGAGGAUGCCUUGUCGAAGGAAGAUGAUAGCGUUCCUUUGCAAACAGUCGCAGCCCAAUGCCAAUCUCCAUCUCAUCCUAGUGAUCAUAUUACUCGCCUUGCUGAAAGUAAGCCACCCAGGACCCGAAGUAGAUAUCCAGUGAAACGACUACCUGAGGAAGUUCGGCUUGUUCCUGUUAUUAGCGGCUCACCCUGGAAUCAUUACGAGAGGAAAUAUCGUUUGGAUGGUGGUUCGUCGUUUGGCAUCAUCAUCCCUCGUGACGGCAAGGGCCGGCAGUCGAUGAUUCGUACAAUUUCCGGUUCCAAUCUAGAUGAGCAGAUCCAGAAUAUUCGACAAUUAUCUCAUGAGAAUAUUGUUAAGAAUAUCGAAAUAUAUAUAUCCUCUGACCAGGACUAUUAUCUCAUCUCCGAGUUCAUGCCGGUUUCUCUCAUGCAUUUAUGCCAAGCACCGAUUUAUCCAACUGAGCCGCAACUCAGUUCGAUACUGCAUCAGGUCCUCAUGGGAGUUGAGUUUCUCCUCACCCACGGUUUAGUCCAUGAGCAGCUAUCUUGCGCCAACGUUCUCAUGGACUUUGAUGGUGAUGUUAAGAUAUGUGACAUUGAACAUUGUAGCUCAUCGGGUAAAGUCGCAAAACUUAGAGACUCAUUUAGCAGAAUGGUGAUGAGACUGAUGGAUAAGAAAAAGGAUAAGGAGGCAACGGUCGGAUUGACACAGCCCCAAAACUGGUCGCGUGAUGCCUUUGAGCUAUUUACUAUGACAACUACGAGCCCUAAUAUCAAAGAGCUGCUACAGCAUAAGUUUAUGGAAAAGAAAGAUAAGCAGAAGCUGAUCUGGCUGGUUCCUGCGAUUUUGAUGACUGCAUAUCACAGGAUAGAAUUCGAUACUAGUACUCAGGGGACACCUCUUUAAUUUAAUAAACCUUUUCAGCGUCGUCACAACCCGUACUCCCUUAAUGUCAUGGAAUGACUAGGUUCAACGUGAUGAAUCAUGUAAUUAUUAUAUCCAAUGGGGAGGAUGACGCCCGACUAAAUCUAUAGGGACAUGCAUCUCCUAAAGCGCUGGCGUUUAUGGGGUUAGGGGAGCUAGGUGAAUUCAUUCGUCAAAUACAUUCACAAUAUCAUGAGAGGUGCU